AUGUGUGCCAACAUAGUCUACGAGUGGCUGAAGACCCUGAAGCUCUCUCAGUAUGCCGAGUCCUUUGUGGAUAAUGGCUAUGACGACCUGGAGGUAUGCAAGCAAAUUGGAGACCCGGACCUGGAUGCUAUCGGGGUCUCCCUACUACAGCACCGGCGACGGAUCCAUGAAGCUGUGCAAAGGCUGAAGGAGGAGGAUGAGACCACAGCUGGGCUUUACUUCACCUUGGAACCUCAGCAGCAGGUCUCCCCUUUGCCAGAGAUCUACACCAGUCACCUGGUGGAGCAGUAUGAGGCCAAAACUUGGAAGGAGCCACCUGCUGAGCAUCUUCAUGGGAAAGUAGCAACUCGCAACAAGGAGCCAGUUACUUAUCCCAAACUAAGACUGAAAAUUAUGAUACGGGAUAAACUCAUUCGGGAUGGGAUCAACCUCAGCAAGCCGCCUUACUCCAACAAGAUGGGCUUUGAGCUCACUGAAAAAUAUUUCACAGUCGUCACGGACAGCACAGUGGAUGAUGACUGGCCAGCAUGCAGCAAAAACAGUUCUAAAUGCAAAUAG